CCUCAGGUCCAGUAGGGCCUGGCGCCCGGCGGUGACAUCUGUGCAGGAGAAAUGAGCCCCAGGGGCCUGAUGGCCUGGCCACCCUUGGCUCUGCUGCUUCUCUGGCUCCCAGACUGUGUUCCUCUGAGCGGCCCCAGCAAGGUGACGGGCACCGUGGGAGGAUCCCUGCAUGGCACAAGCAAGGUGACGGGCACCGUGGGAGGAUCCCUGAUCGUGCAGUGUCAGUAUGGCAAAGAAUUCAAGGACAAUGACAAACUGUGGUGCAAAAAAUCAGUUUUCUAUUGUAAAGAUAUUGUGAAGACCAGAGGCUCAGGGGGAAAGGUGCGGAGCGGCCGAGUGUCCAUCAGGGACCACCCUGCAAAGCUCAGCUUCACAGUGACCAUGGAGCGCCUCACCCUGGAGGACGCAGGCUCCUAUGAGUGCUGGGUGGACACACCAUGGCUCAGCAUCCUUGACCUGUCCUUCAAGGUUGAGGUGGCCGUGCAGCCAGGCUUCCUGACUCCUAAGGGGACUCUGCUCCUAGUGGACCUGGUGGUCCUGGGUCACAGCAUCCCUUGUGGNUGA